AGUGCCUUCCCUGCAAAGUGUGCUCCUCUACAGAGAGAGAAUAAAGGAAGGAAAGAACAAGGAACUUCUCUUGCUACGCAACAAUUUCUUCCUCAUUUUCAUUAAUAAUCUUUUGACACAGCCUGUUUCAAACCGAUUAUUCAAAUUCAGGACAUUUGGGCUCUCUGGGGGUCAUUGAUUUGUUUGAUUAUCUUCGUUCUGCAUAUGGGUUUUUGUUCAGAAAUUAGAGGUUGAAUAAGAGAGGAUAAAAUUGGUGUCAGUAAAAUGUCCAUGAAGAGCAGAGGAGGAGAGCAGAUUUCAAGGAGUACCAUAUCUAAAAAAUGGACUCUGUUUCUUUGCCUUGCUAGCUUCUGUGCCGGGUUGUUCCUCACAAAUCGAAUGUGGACUGUUCCAGAAUCAGAAGGAGUCACAAGAACAACUGCUGCUGAAGCUGAAGCACUAAAAUUAGUAUCAGAAGGCUGUGAUCCGAAAUUUCAGAAAGAUGUGAAGAGUGUACCUAAGGAAAUCUUUGGGGAAGUUUCCAAGACUCAUAAGGCUAUAAAGACAUUGGACAAAACCAUUUCCAAUUUAGAGAUGGAGUUAGCUGCUGCAAAGGCAGCACAGGAGUCAAUUCUUGCUGGCUCUCCUGUAUCAGAAGCUACUGAGAAUGGUGAUUCUUUUAGGAAACGGAAGUUUCUUAUGGUUAUUGGAAUUAAUACUGCAUUUAGCAGCCGAAAAAGAAGAGAUUCUGUUCGUUCUACCUGGAUGCCACAAGGAGAAAAACGGCGGAAGUUGGAGGAAGAGAAAGGGAUCAUUGUUCGCUUCGUCAUUGGUCAUAGUGCCACGUUAGGGGGUAUUCUAGAUAGAGCUAUUGAAGCUGAAAACAAAAAGCAUGGGGACAUCUUGCGGCUGGACCAUGUUGAGGGUUACCUUGAAUUGUCUGCAAAGACAAAGACAUAUUUUGCUACUGCUGUUGCAUUAUGGGAUGCAGAGUACUAUGUUAAAGUCGAUGAUGAUGUCCAUGUAAAUAUAGCAACACUAGGAGAAACAUUAGUAAGACACCGGAAAAAGCCUAGGGUCUAUAUUGGGUGCAUGAAAUCUGGUCCUGUCCUUGCUCAGAAGGGUGUAAGAUAUCAUGAACCUGAAUAUUGGAAAUUUGGGGAGAAUGGAAACAAGUACUUCCGACAUGCUACUGGACAGUUAUAUGCAAUUUCAAAAGAUUUAGCUUCCUUCAUUUCAUUAAACAGGCAUGUUCUGCACAAGUAUGCUAAUGAGGAUGUCUCUCUUGGAUCAUGGUUCAUUGGACUCGAUGUGCAGCAUAUUGAUGAUCGGAGACUGUGUUGUGGAACCCCACCUGAUUGUGAGUGGAAGGCACAAGCAGGCAACGCCUGCGUUGCUUCAUUUGACUGGAGCUGCAGCGGUAUAUGCAGAUCGGCUGAUCGAAUAAAGGAGGUACAUCGACGGUGUGGGGAAGGUGAGGAUGUCUUGUGGAAAGCUGCUUUCUGAGAAGCUACAUGCAUUUCUUCCCUACUCAGGUUUCAUUCACGAGUACAAAAAUAUACGAAAUAUAUAAGAGAUAGAAAGAGAGCAAGUCUUGCUAUGCAAUGAUGCUUCUCCGUUUUAGUAGAGAAGUGUGGCUGCAAAUGCAGUCCCGGCUGCAAGCAAAUGGCUCCAUCAAAUGAUUUUUUGUUGUUAAGAUGAUUGAAAGUCAGCUAAGUGAUUAUGGUUUGUGAGAAAUAAAUUCAAAUCACUUUUGUGAAAUCCUCAGCUGCCAUUUUAUCCUGUUCAAGUCACUUAGUUGCUUAUUGGAUUAUAAUACCUCUUUCUAUAGUAA